UCAGACUGGUCCCCUGCGCACUUCUUGGAUGGGAACCUAAAUCGGACAGAGAACCAGAUUACUGUACGCAUGCGCUGCAAAAUUGGAGACAAUCAGAAUGGCGGAAAAUAGCCCCGGAUAAUAUUUUCUCAAAAUUUGAAGAAAUUGCCGUAAUCUUAAAGGGUGAUAACAUGGCAUCUUCCUAUGACAAUUCCUCGGAGGAACAAACAGAACUACGCAGACUUCACCGUAAACUUAUCUCUGAAAUUAACGAUGAUUUAGAUCAAAACAGCAGAGAGUAUAAGAAUCUAAUUUACCAUAUCGAAGCUUAUGUGCCUCGAGGAUUAAUUGCCAAUAAAUCAAGUCUAGAUAUAUUUGAAACUUUAUGCACCAGAAAAAUCAUAACACCAGGAGAAAAUUAUGAAACAUUGAAAAAGAUAUGUCGAGACAGUGGAAAUGAUAUUUAUGUAGAUACAAUAGAAAAAUAUGAAAAGGAAAUGGAAAAAGUUCGAACUCAACAUAGAUAUACAGGUCCACAGGAAGCUGAGAAAAAACAUACAGAAUCAAAAAGAAAAUUUACUGCUCCUGAGACAGAACAAAAAGAGGAUAUAAAAAGACUCAAGAUAGAAGAUUCUCCUCAACAAAAACAGUUAGAAUAUGAAAAGGCUAAAUCAGGUUGUCGUACUCAAUUGAUAGAACAUUAUCGCAGUGACGUACUUAAAGUAUCAGCAAUACCUUUACAACCAGAUGAGGAAAAUUAUAAUUUCAGUGACGUUUAUAUUAGACCCACUAUAACAAGCAAGAUAGAAAAGAAUAGAGGGGAGUCUGAGGAAAAAGAAAUAAAGUCCAUGUCAGAGAUUUUCACAAAGAAUGGGGAUCCACAGAAAUUUAUUUAUGUUGUUGGAGAUGCAGGGUCUGGUAAGAGUAGUUUCUGUAAAUAUUUGAUCAACUGUUGGUGUAUGGCACACAGUGAUGGACACAAUGAAGAUGAUGAGUUUGAAGAAGUCAAGGAAAUGAAGAAAUUUGAUUUCAUGUUUUAUAUUUCUCUUAGACAUAACAUAAAUAUCCGAAGUAUCCAAGAAAUGCUUGAAAUGCGAUAUGAUAAGAUAAAAAAUUUAAGUAAACUUAUGGAAAAUGAUUCUGAAAAGAUAAUUAUUUUGCUUGAUGGUUUAGAUGAAUGGUCUUUUGACAGUGAGAUUAGAAAUGAGUUUCAGGCAGGCCUACCUGAACGUGACUUUACAAAGAAAUACACCAUUGUUACUACAUCACGGCCCUGGAAAAUUCACAGUUUGAGAGUAAGUAAUAGAGAGAUUCAUCAAUUAUUGAAAUUAAAAGGGUUUGAUGAAACACAUGAAAAAGAAAUGAUUAAGAAAACAAUAACAGCGUUGAACGAAUCAUUAGAUCCUAGUGAGUGUGAACAAAAGCUUAAGGUACGUUCUCUGGUUGGCCUGAAACAGGUACCAAUUAUGCUGCAGCAAUUGGUUUGUCUAUGGUGUGAUGGUAAACUCGAUAAAACCUCAAGGUGUGCUAUUUAUACUGGUAUGUUAGAACUUUAUUUCACCUGGAAUAUCAAUAAAACUUUAGGAAAUAAUGCAGAAUGUAUGGAAGGUUCUCAGAAUGUUGAACUCCCUCAGUAUUUAACAGAUGUAGAGAUAUGUAGAUUAAAUAGUCAUCUUUUAUAUGAUGUGUCGCACUUGGCUUAUGAGACAUUGUUCAAUUAUUCAAAGGAUAAGUCCUUAACAUUUGACAAAUCUGUGUUUGAUGAUUUGAAAAUAUCACAAGAUGUGCAACAAACAUGUCUGAAACUGGGGAUUUUGACAGAAGAUAAAUGUCCUUCUUUUUCUGUAUCCAAACCUAAAAGCUCAUUGUUCUCUUUCAUUCACAAAUCAAUGCAAGAAUUUCUGGCUGCAGUGAAUAUUGGUAUAAAUUUCAAUGCAAAAAUGUGUUCAUCAGAUAGUACAGGAAAUGUUGAAUUAGUCAAAAAGUUUAUUUGUGAGGUUUUUCGGAAUUGUUCAACAGUAAAUGACAUAUUAGAGCAGUCAAAUGUUAUCAUUAUGCUAUCUGGUCUUGAACCUAGAUUAGCAACUCAUGUUUCAAAAUACAUAUAUGAUACUUUGUUAAAAGACUCUCGUGUUCAGGAAUACAGGAGAACAAUAAGUAACAUUUUUUAUAGCGAUCAUUAUUGUAUAACUGAUAUUCAAAAGCUUAUGUUUGAUUCAAUGGAAGAAUUAAAUGCAGCAUGUAGUAUAGGAAGUAAUCCUGUAUUUUAUAUAGGAGAUUUGUUCAUUGAUGAUGAUUGUGAUAUUGUUUGUUCAGGUAUUGAUCAGCAUCAAAUUGUUCCUGACUCUGUUCUGUCUAUUCAUGUAGAUUACAUCAACACACAAAAUGUUAAAUUUACAAAAUAUUUACCAAUGUUUCAUCAUCUUGAAAAAAUUGAAAUAGAAUAUGAAUAUGAAUCUAAACCACUAUUUAGGUUAUCAAAUACACAAAAUGAUAGUACACAUAGUAAUGAACAGAUGAUUGAUGAGAUGAACAAUUGUGUUUGUGAGACAAUUAAAGUAAAUACUUCAACAUUAAAAUCUCUGUCUCUUCAUGUCUCUUACUCUGACAAGUAUUACCCAGUGUGUAAAACAGUUGUUAGUUACCUACCUAGUAUGAUCAAUCUUGUAGCAAUAAGUAUGAGACAUAUAACAUUGAGUCAUGAUGAUACUACUACAUUUUAUAAUUUUCUUGAGGGAACCAGUCAUCUUGAACAAAUACAUCUUGAUAGUGUUAAAUGUGGGUGUAUGAAGCAGCAUGAUGUAAAUUUAUCAAAACAUCAACAACUUCAGUACCUUUAUUUGAGACAUACUGUAAGUGUGAUAGAUGCUGGUACUACAAACCUUGAAAUAUUUACAUUUGGUAAAUUGAAAAAUAGUAAUUAUGAGAAAAUAUUUGAUAUUAUUAGAAAAUCUUACAAAUUAAAAGAACUUGAAUUGUAUGGAGAUUAUAACAAUAAAUCUCAAUUAUAUCAUACCAACAUAACAAAGAGACUUGUCACAGUAUUACCAUUGUUACACAAUCUCAGUAAGCUUGAGUUAUGGUGGUGUAGGUUAACUGACAAUAUAAUACAGUUACCUUUAGAGAUGAAGAGUUUAAAGUACAUUAAGCUUAAUUUUGUCACAAUGAGUUUGACAACAUGGCAGAAGUUUGUUGAUAGUCUUCCUGGUACUCCUCAUACUGUAGAUGUGAAUGUAUUGAACUAUGAUAUAACAGGAGAUGGUGAGGAGUUUAAUGAUGAUAGGUUUACAUUGGUAUCACAAGUACGUAGAGGAGGGAAGAGAAAUGAUGCUAUACAGUAUGUAAAGGAUAAGGAUCAGUUUUUUCAUGUUAAACGUGAUGAUGAUCGUGUGUUUGUAUUUUCAACAAAAAAGUGAUAAAGUAUCCAUUUCGUUACAUAGUGUUUGAACUAUUUUUUUUUGAGAAUGGUAUAUAUCAAUAAAAGUUAUAUGAUAUAUAGAAAAAGUGAAUGGUAUAUAUAAAUACCAAAUAUGAUAUGUAGGACAAAUGACUGGUUUAUGUAAAUACUGGUUAUAUGAUAUAUAGAAAAAGAGAAUGGUAUUUAUAAAUACAGAAUAUGAUAUUAAGGACAAAUGAUUGGUAUAUGUAUAUACCAGUUAUAUGAUAUAUAGGACAAGGGAAUACCAGUUGUUAUAUAGGACAAAGAAUUGUAUAAUAAAUACCAGUUAUAUGUUAUAUAGGACAAGGGAAUAGUAUAUAUUAUUACCAGUUAUAUGAUAUAUAGUGUUAUGUGAUGAAGAAGAAUAGUAAUUUUAUAUGUGUCAGUGAAUACUUGUUAGAUGUGAGAACAAGUAAAUGGUAUACAUAAUUGUUGUCAUUGAGAUGAGGACAAUUUACAUGUUAUGUUUUAGAGAUUCCUUCUUGGAUUGUUUUAAAUUGUAGAGAUUGUAAAAAAGUGAGAAAUGUUAUAAUUAUGCAAAACGAUUUAUGUGUACAAGUUAAUACUGUUAUAAGUAUUACUCAAAUUGUAUAGUUAAAGAGUCUCCACUGAGGAUUUUAUUAUAUUAAUUGUUUGACAUGAUAGGAUGUCUAAUGGGAGUUAUGUUGUUUAGGUUUCAUACUAUUUUAAGAAGAUAUAUUACUUUUCAUGUAAAAAAUUUGUAUGCAAAAUUUUGGAUUAUUUGCUCACUUUGUUUUUCCAAAAUACUAGUAAUCAUUUUAGCUCGGCUAUUAAAUGAAUAGCUAAUGCUAUAAUAGUACUUACCGCAUUGGUGUCAAACUAAGGAUACUUUUAUUUCCAUUUUUGAAGUUAGAUCAUUCUGCAUUAUCCAUCACUGUGGAUAGUCAAGCACACUGUCCUGUCGAUAGUGUUUAAAUGUUUAUAGCUAAAGUCCGUCUGAAAAUUACACUUCAUUUAUAUUGAUUUUCAGUUUUAUUCCGAGUAUAUUUCUUAAGUAUCAUUUUUUUUCUGAAUUGAAUACCCCGAUUGAUCAGUUUUGGAUUUUAUAUUCUUUUUUUGUUUGGCUUUUGGAACUCAGUGGAGCUCCUUUAAGUAAACUUUUUGCUGUUUAUGUAAGAAUGAUAAAUUUAAACACAAGUCAAGUAUAGAUAUGCCUUGCAGUAAAUUUAGAUGUACUUGUAUAUCCUGUAACUACAUAGACAGUAUAACAUAAUUUUUAAUCAAAACAAGUUAUACACAAUAAAUGUAAAUAUGAUUUCAUUAUACCUUCAUACAUAUCCUCAAAAGAAAUGAACAAUUGAGGUAAAAUAUACAUGGCUCUCAGGCGCAAGUGCUUAUUGACUCUUAAACUUAAUUUUUUGUCAUCUCGGUUACAUCUAGGGGAUAUAUACCAAUUCCCAGGUCCACUUUGGUAAUAUAUACCAGUUCUAAGCUGCCCCUCGGAUAUGUAUACCAGUUCUGAGGAUAUAAACCAGUCCUCAUUAAAUGUCAGUUCUGUGAGUUGCCCCUCAGGGAUAUAACAAGUCUCAGCUAUACCUGAGGGAUAUAUACCAGCUUUCAUAUGUCAGUAUGCUCUUUCACACAGACAGCCAUGUUUUAUAAGUUUAUAUACUAUCAGAUGUUUAUGUUCAUAUAUUUAUGUAACAGUUGAAUUAGAACUUUUUAACUAAACAAUUUGUCAUAUUUUAGUACCAAGACAUUGUAACAUCAAUACAUGUAGGCAUACAUAAGUUAUAUUUCUGCUGAUGUUAACAUAAUUAUGAUAUGUUAGUUUACAUGUAUUGUAAAACAUAUGUUACAUGAAAUUACUAAAAAGAUAUGUUGUAAUAUACUGUCUUAAAAUGCAUCCUGGGUAAUUAAAGCAUACUGGUUAUGAAUACACUUCAUUUGUGAUGAAUGUAGUUCAGUAAAAUCUGUAUGUAUGGGUUCGGACGAUGCUAAAAUGAAGUUUUAUGCUUUCAAACAGUAAUGAUAUAACUAUAUUUUAUUAACGGUAUGUUAGUCUUUAUGCUUGCUGAUGUUAGUAUAUACAAAAAUUAAGAUAUGUUAUAUAUAAACAUAUCUUACAAAUGUCUGUUUGUUAGAUGAAAUUCUGAUUGAAUGUAUAUAGUACAUAUGUAAACAUAUUAGUACAUGUAAAUAAAUGUUUAUGGGAUAAUUACAAGCUAUUGCAAUCCUUUUAUGAAGAUAAGAUUAUAUUAUUUUAUAACAAGUAAUGUUAUGUGACAUACAUACAUUUUAAACAGUUCAACCUGUAGGCCCAUUAAGACUGAAAAAAAUGCAAUCACUUUUAUUUUUAAAAACUUUCAUUUUUUGUUCAAAAAGUUUCUUAUUGGCAAUAUAUCUAAGCCAUCUUGUUUUUGUUUUUUUGCAUUUUGGCAACUUUGAGUACAGUUAUGAUGAAUAAGUAUUUUAUAUGGAUGUGAAAUAACCAUUUUGUUUACAUUUUGCGACACUAAUCAUAUUUUCUUUUCAAACUCAUUUUUGUCAGGGGAUAAGAAUAUCACAUGUUGUAAAUCUAUUAUUACAACAUAACCAAACACAUAUUCGCCCUUUUUACAAAAAUAAAUAUCUAUACAUUUCUUACUCGUAAUGUGCCUUUAAACUUUAAAUAUAUAUGGAGUAAAUUCAUCUAGUAUAUAAAUAAACAUAUAAUUACAUGCAAUUGUUUAAUUACUAGGUAUAUGGAUGUUUUUGUUUAUUUUACAUUUAGGUAUGUUAUGUCUUAUUAACAUAUGCAUCAAACAUGUUUGUUUGUGAUUUGGAAUAUAGAUUAUAUCAUUCAAGUACAUCUGUAUACCUUUAUGCACAUGUAUACAAAUAGUCCAUAUUUAUACUUAAGUUAAGUUAAGAUAAGUUUAAUGUGGAAUAUGUCAAUUGUACAUACUUAUAUAUUUUACAUGAACAAUUAACUUGAAAUGUACAUUGAAAAGUAUCUAGAUAAGUAGAAAUAAUUCUGUUUGAAUAAAUAUAAACUUGUCUGAGAGCACUUAUCAAUUUGAAAUAUGCACAAUUUUAUUCUCUUUAUUUAUCAGAACUUUGUUUGUUUAUUAGAAUAAGUUGGUUAAAUUGAAGAAUAUGAAGUAAAUAAAUGAUAAAAACUGUUUAAUUUGUCAUAAGCAAGAUGAUGAAAACUAGCAAAUUAAACAGUUCUAUUCGGUAUUACAUGUAUAUUAAUUAUAACUUUGUUAAAGUGUGUCUUGAUUUGUAAUUCUAUUAAUUGAUAAUUGAUAAAGUUAUGGAGAACUAUAUGGGAUUUAAAUUAUAGCAAUACACACUUCCUUUCAGCCAUUGAUUGACUAAAGAUUAUUUUUUGUAUCAUGUACAACAAUAAAUAUAGGUAUGUUUUAACUUGUAGACUUUUAAAUUUCCUCACUGUAUUUAGAAUGAAUAGAUACAACAAAAAAUAACAACAUACUGUUCUAUUAGUGCAAAUAUAGUAUGAAUGUAAAUUGUUUUUGAUUAAUUAAAAAAAGCUUAAUAUGUUUUUUUAAAUGGUGGCAUAUGCAUAUCAGGUUAGAGAAAUGUUAACAAUAUACAACUAUUAGAUUUUGUCACAUAAACUUUAUAGAGCACUGGGAUAUGUUUUUAAUGUAAUACAAUGUACUUUUAAAUUAGUAAAAUGUAUUUGUUUGCUUGUUUUGAUAGCAUGAAUGUGUGACUGUUCGUAAUAAAAAAUAUACAGAA